UAGUUCGUUCAACACUCCUCCUGCAGGAAGGGUUGGCCGCCUUUCUGAAGUUGAGGGGCAGCUUCGGCACGGCUGAGACCAUCAGUGACCGGAAGUUGGUGAAGGAGGGAAGUUAUUCCAUGGAGGCAUGGUGGGAGUGGCACGGCACUGACCACCCCUUGCUCAUGGCCCUUGCUUACCGUGUGCUAACUCAGCUGGUGUCCGCAUCCAGCUGCGAGCGCAACUGGGCGGUGUGGGAUACUGUCCACACCGCCCGACGCAACCGGCUGGGUUCAGAAAAGUGCAAGGACCUGGUUUACGUUGCGCACAACUGGCACAUGGCCGACGAGGGGGUGGGGGUGGUUUCCGGGAGCAUCCUGGACGCCCCCGUCCCUGCGGGGUACAGGGUGGAUCGGGAGGAGGAGGAUGAGGAGGGCGAAGAUGAGGAGCUGCUGGACGAGUACCUGUAGAGCAGAGCAGGAGAGGGUUAGGCGGGUGGUUUGGGGGAGGCUUACCUGAGAUGGGUGGCUGGCUGGUUGUUGGAGGAGUUUGGAACCCUUGACAUGCCCUUGGUGGCCUGAACUAUUUAUUUAUUACCAUGCUAAAUGAUGCCACAUUUGGUGGGGGGAAUUUGGUGCUCUGGACC